AUGGCACGCCGAGCAGUAGAAGAUAGAAGUAGGCCUUCUAAUCCAUUAUCGAAUGCAGUGACUACUCCAGCACCCAACGCGCUACAUAGACAGAGCCCCUCAUCAGGGAAUUCUUCAACCUUACUAUUUGUCAUUGGCGGGAUGACUGUGCUCAUAAUACUGCUCAUCCUUGUAUUGUACUUCUGGAAAUUCAACAAGACAGAAAAAUUGAAGAAAUUCCUGAAAAAAAAUAGAAGUCUGACAGAAACCAAGGAUUUCUGGAGUGGCAAUCUGCAAACAAUAAACUAUUUCGACUUUCGGACAUUGAAGAAAGCAACUAAGAAUUUUCAUCCUGGUAAUCUACUCGGAAGAGGUGGAUUUGGGCCUGUCUAUCGGGGGAAGUUACAUGAUGGUAGGCUGGUUGCGGUAAAAAAAUUGUCUCUUGACAAAUCUCAGCAAGGAGAAUCAGAAUUUCUUUCGGAGGUAAAGAUGAUUACGAGCAUCCAACAGAAGAACUUGGUUCGACUUCUAGGAUGCUGCUCAGAUGGUCCACAAAGGUUACUUGUGUAUGAAUACAUGAAGAAUAGAAGCUUGGACCUCAUAGUACACGGAAAUAGUGAUAAAUUCCUGGACUGGAACACCAGAUUCCAAAUAAUAUUAGGCAUUGCUCGAGGACUGCAAUAUCUGCAUGAGGAUUCACACCUCAGAAUUGUUCACAGAGAUAUCAAAGCAAGCAACAUUCUUCUUGACGAUAAGUUCCAGCCUAGGAUUAGUGAUUUUGGGCUGGCUAGGUUCUUACCUGAAGAUCAAGCAUAUCUCAGCACUGCAUUCGCUGGAACUUUAGGCUAUACAGCUCCUGAGUAUGCCAUGAAAGGAGAAUUGUCCGAAAAAGCAGACAUAUAUAGCUUUGGAGUGCUUGUGCUUGAAAUUAUCAGCAGCAGGAAAAACACAGAUCUUAGUUUACCAUCAGAAAUGCAGUACCUUCCUGAAUAUGCAUGGAAAUUAUAUGAGGGGUCAAGUGUGAUGGAUCUGGUAGAUCCGAAAUUGCUAGAACAUGGAAUUGUGGAGAAAGAUGUCUUGCAAGUAAUCCACGUAGCUUUCUUAUGCCUUCAGCCUCUUGCAAACCUGAGACCUCCUAUGUCAAGAAUUGUUGCCCAGUUAACAUGCAAAGUUGAAAUGGUUGGAACACCUAUGAGGCCAGUCUUCUUGCAAAGAAGUCGUAAAAAAGAUGGCAACCUCUCAUGGGAUAACCAUAUCUGA